UCGUAGAACCAUAGCGUUGAUUGGAUGGUUUCUGUUAUUAUUAUAACCUUUUUAUUACAAAUUCGCUUUUAUUUUACUUAACAAACAAUAAAAUUCGCCGUGAAACUGUGAUAUUCUUGUGUUUUCGUGUGUAAAACGCGACCACGCGUCCUGGUGAAGCGAUAAAUAUGUUUUGCGUCCAGGAGUCAGAGCCAGCACGCACAGAUCCGUUCAACACGGAGAAAGACCCGCUCAGCGUCAACAUCUCAGAAUCUAGUGAUGAGGAACCAACAGCGAAACGGAUGAAACCCUCCUUCACAAGCCCGACUUUAAGCCCAUCGUUGAACCUGAAAGUUUAUCAAAUACCCGCUUUCAAUGCCCCGAAAUCGUUGUCAAUAUACCCCGCAACAACGACGGCGUUACCAAAAUUUGUUAACAACCCGUUAAACUUAGCAAAUCCAUUAGCGUUAGGAAAUUUACAAAAUAAUAUACACAAUGCGAAUAACUUUGUGAAAACGUUGCAAAGUAGGUACUCGUUGCCAGCUAAGUUAACGAUAUCCCCCGUGCAGAGUCCAAAGCCUGUGGUAACGAAUACAGGGGAGGUGGUGAGAUAUAAGAAGAAUGGAGAGAUAGCCAAAAAGAGGGGGCCUCCUAAAGGGUAUAAGAGGAAACCGAAGGCUGAUUUAUCGCAGAGUUUGACAAAUGGAGCUCUUUUGCAGGCACAGAACACAAUCCUCACGAGUCUGCUGGCGGCCAGUAACUCCUCACUCCACCUGGCUGCUCAGAGUCUACCGGUGGUCCCCCAACUCACCAUCACACCUCAAAUCAAAGUUCCAGAUGGUGUCGAGCUGGUGGAGUUAGAGCUGGACCCAGAGGACUGGUUCCCGGCGGAGCCCUACAGGAUGUCCUUCAGCCGCAAAAAAAACCCGAAAUGGAAGAACUUCCCGUACCGCUGUGAACACUGCUUCAAGGGCUACCGCGUGAUCUCAACCCUGGUCACCCACGCGGCGGAGCGCCACGGCAGCGUGCCCAAAGAGCUGGCUAUCCCAUGCCCCUGUUGCCCCCAUGUCUCCACACGUCGCAAGCAGCACAAGAAACAUCUGGAGACACACGCCAGCCGACGCCACAGGAUAUUCUGUUUAUACUGUUUGCCUCCCGCGGAUCCCAACGAACCUUACGAGAAAGAAUCUGCGAAAUAUCCCUUCGACAAGUUCCCUCAAUACUGGUAUGCCUCAGAGGAAUCCCUUAGACUGCACAAAAAAAGAAAACACCCAUACGCAGGCAUGUUUAAUUAUAACUGGUUCGGUACUUGGGGCGAAUCCAUGCCAAACAGCUAAAAAAGGUAGGAAUUCCGACUUUUAGCUAGCAACACUGAAAAUAUUUGGUAGAAAUUUUUGUAUGUACAUUUUUGGAAUUUUUCUCGAUCGCUGAGAAAUUAAAUAUAUAGAUUUUUAUACCAUUUUAAUGUGACUGCUUAAAGCUAGCAACACUGUAAAUAUUCAAAUUAAAAUGUAAGUUUGGAUACUAGCAAUACAUAAGUGAAAUCGACUUAUGAUUAGGAAAUAAUGAAUUUUGGUAGAAUAGUAUUUUUUGACGAUGGUAUUAAAAUGAUAAAGUGUUUAACUUAUGAAUAUAAUCAAAGACUAGCUGAAACAACAUUGGUAGCUUUAAUGACAGCUUUUUUGCACUUAAUGAUAGAAAUUAGUAGGUUUCUACAUAAUCAUGAUGGCAACAUUUAAUUUGUGACGGAAAUGACGUUUUGUCAAAUGGCAUUUAUCUUAAUUUAUUUCUUGAUUAAACAAGUUAAAAAAAGUUUCUAGAAAGGUGAUAAAAUGUUUCGUCGUUUUGUCGGUGGUAAAUACGCAAACCGCGUCAUGCCAAAACGAAAAAAAAAAA